AUGGAAAUAAGUAAGCGUUUUUCGGCAGAUGAGUUCCUUGUACAGGUUAAAGAACUUGUAGGGAUCGCUAAUAGAGACCAAUUAUCGCUAAAUAUAAAGAUGAAGAGGCUAGUCGAGAAAGAUGCCGUUGUUUUGAAUGAAGAGUUUGAUGCUUCGAGUCACCCAAGGGCUGACAUUUCUAGGAUGUCAGGACUCAAGGAUGGAAAUAGUAAUCGUUAUCCAAUCUUAUUGAGAGUUUCAUUGAGAUCCAAAGGAGACAAGAAGAAGUGUUCUACUAUAGUAGAAGCGGAUUCGCUGGAUAAGUUCUGGCAAGAGUACGUAUCUGUACUGAAGGAUGGGAUGAAUAACCUCGUCAAGAUGAAGAAGAAGAAGGGAAGGUCGAAGGUUAAAAAGUCGCUUCGGAAGUGA